AUGCUUGGUGUUAGUUCUUCAGGUGAUUUUUAGAUUGAAAAAUUGAACCUUGACCAGAAAUUAAUAGAGAAAAGACGGAAACCAUAACUUUCCAUAGUUCUACGAAUCUCCUAAGCUAUCUAACUCAACUACGAUAUAUUUCCAUUUGAAUCUUCCAAUAAUUUCACCCAGAAGGAGGCCCAUCACCAAUGUCACGAGACAUUCUGUCCAACAGUAGAGCUCGUGGUGAGCUGACGCACCUUGGUACAAGCUCCAACUCCAACAUCAUGAGCGUUUGUGAGUUUUUUUUAACGAUAUGAUUCUUUCUGCAAUCUAGUCACCUAAACUCAUUUUCUCAGCUCUCGGAACAUCCUCGACACCUCCAAUACGCGACGCCCAAGAGCUCAAUUGCUUCGACUUCGACAGCAAGUGUCGUUGGCGGAACGUUGAGGGCUUGUUUGUAGAUGAACUGGACUGGUAUCAGGUUGGCCCAACUUUAAUAUGAAAAAAUGCAACUUUUAAAAUUAUCAGGGCUCUGGUCAACUCGACCAAGGACGCUUACAAGUCGCCACCGCCACUCAUGUUGCUCCAGGUUCUGACCUCAUUUUUCAGUGUAUUUUUCUAAAAUUAUUUCCCAGUUAUGAUCCGAUAAAUUAUUCAGAGUGUGUUGAACAUAUUGCAGACCUUCAAGCUCCCCAAAUAUCACUAAGCCUUUUGCUUCUCGAAUUUCGACCUUACCUGUUCUUAACAGCUUUUUUUGAUUAGAUUACUGUUACCAACAUCGAAGUUUCUUUCAAUUUCAUGACCACGGAUACAUUUUUCAAACAUUCUCAAACUCCAGACGGAAUGUACGCGAUCGCCGCCACAGACGUAGUGCAACCACCAACUUCAAAAGCUGUCCUAGUUUCGGACCCUAUCGCUUGUCAAUUGGGAGAUGGCGAGAUCCAGUUCAUGUAACCAUUUUUCAUUCUUAUUUUUUCUCCUUUUCUGGUAAGGAUAUAACCUAGGAUUACUUCAGGAAUAACGUAUUGUUCUCAUAAAACCUUUCUUAGGAGUUUGAAAAUGAACCCUUGCUUAUUCCUUAACUACUGAUUUUUUUUUAGUCCGCGGACAAGACUAAUCCAGAAGAAAAAUUUUGCAGUGACCAGAUUUUCUCAGUGAAAAUUUCCCAUCUAGACACAGCCUCUAAUCAAAAUCUAGGUAUUGGACCUCGCCAGACGUCCGAAUCAAAGUGUGCGUGAAGAAGACCGCCAAGGUCUAUCCGGACUUUGACUUCUGCAGGUUUACUCAGAGAGUCUUUCUCCUCUCCAAAACCUCGCAGAGUUUUCAGCGGACCAAUCGAGGCCGGAGAUCCGGGUCCAGCCUACGUCACGAUCCCCGACCAAGGUAGCACACCGUUCCAGAUCUACAUCAUGGCCGAGAACUUUGUCUUCAACGCUGUCAAUCUACAAGGCGGAUUCGCGAUCCUCGACUCCAUUGAGUACUUCGCCAGGAUGUGCGCAAGCAUGCCGGAAACGAUGCCGGAAGCGUCGCAGAAUCCUGUGGGACCUUUCCAACAGCCAGAGUUGGGUACAGCUAUGGUGAGUUCAAGGCAAAGGGACUAUUCAGUACCGGAGGCACUUUUGAUUGAGAAAAUGAUCAUUAGAUGCCGUCUUUUUGACGCUGAUAUCGAAUCCUUCUUCGGACAUUGCCAAACGGGUCUGUGAAAACAGUUAGAGUCGUUUGAAACUGGGAAAAAGAAUCUGCGACUUCAAAAGGGUUCCAAGCACAGAUGCGGAAUCAGGGUGAAAAAGUGCACCUCACUCAGGCUCCAAAAACCCAUUAGAAGAUGACCUAAACAGUGGUUAGUGGGGGAAAGGCUUCAAAAGGGAUAACUAAAGCAGCAACGCGACCACGACGCAAUCAGCCAUUCUAAAUGCAACCAAGAAAUUUCCAGACGCCUCGAUUUAACCAUUUCCUUCCAGAGCAACGACGUCGUCCCACUGAUUCCACUCGGCGAUUCUCCAGAUGACACAAAGCGAACAACAAUACGAAGAAGCAUCGCCUCUCAUUUCCCGACUUUAUCUCCGAAAUUCUCCCUUGGUGUGGCUGUAACUCCAGCUACUAACGAAGACAACGGCAAGAACGAUUUUGAAGAGAAAUCGGAGCCGAAAUCGGCCGUCUUCAGCUACCUGGUCUGUAUAAGGUCCCUUUAACUCUAUUUUUUUUUUCUGAUUCUUCAGAAAAUGAAGCGACGCGGUCCACUAACAGGUCAAACUGUGGUUGAAUCGCUUGGAGACAUUUCGAAGAAUAUUGUUCAAGCUUUUGACGAAUCGGUCUGUUUUCACGCAAUUUUCGAUACAAGCCUAAUUAUUUUUCCUCUAGUACUUACGAAAACUGAUAAUUCUUCUUUUUUUGAUAGUUUUUCUCAUUUUUCAAUCAAACCCGGCUGUACCUUUGAUUUUUAUUCAUUAGAAUUUUAUUUUACCUGGACAUUUUCAGGAGAUGACCUCCUUCUCCAUGUGCGACGUUCUCGUUUGCUCGUUCAACGAAUCGGAAAUCUGCACCAAGUUGGUUCAAUUUUCCUGAAUUUUCAAUAAUAAAUCAAUCAUAAAACAUUCAUUAACUAGUAUGGUGGAACAUUCGGACUGGAAACUGACGAAUCGACCGGUUGGGAAUCCAUUGACAGGGAUUCGAGGAGACGCCUCCGCGUUGCCUUAUAAUAAAGGUUAAUCAUGUUUUAUUCAAACUUUCUUUUCUUUAACUUCGAGAAAAUUCCGUAAAGCUUACUAUAGGAAGUGAGAGGAAGUGGCAAAGAAUUAUGGAAUGGACACAAUUUUAUCGUUAGUUCAACGAAUCUCCUAACUCAACUAGGAUAUAUAAAUGGGCUUCAGAGAUCAGAAAAAAUCCGCUCAUCAUUUUGGAUACUCUUUUUUAGUAUAGCAAAAUUUAACCGACUCAAAACGGUCGAACUUUCUACUCUUUGAGGUUCUUCUUUUUCAGUUUAGUCAUAUGGUUUCUCACGGAGCAAACAAACAAAAACCUAUCCGGCUCUAUUUUCUGACCAUUAGUUCAUUUUUUCCAAGUGAAAAUUCAUCCUCAUGUGAUCAAUUACCCAAACAUCCUCCAUAUUCAGAAGGCUACUACACUUUCAUUUCGGGCCCUCAGACCGAAACGCGCCUACAAACGCCAUCCUUCAUCGUGGAUCGACCAGUUCUGCUCGUCUUUUCUUACCAUAAAGUUAGAAUUUUUCAGACCUUCUAUAGCUUUGACAGUUACAAAGGUGCAAAGAAAAAACGUUGGUCAAAGAAACCUACACUAACUUUUCUAAUUUUUGGACAAAAUAUUGAUAUUUUCAGGUCGACGGUAAUAGCUCCUUGAAACUGAUAACGAAAAGGCCGGAAGAAGCAGUCGAAAAAGAGGAAUUUGUGGCUCCUACACUAACGAAACAAUCGCGGAGGUGGUUCCGCGAAGUCGUACCUUUGACUGUUGGAGCCUAUGAUUAUGUGAGUUUCAAGUUUUAUUGUAGUGUAUUCACAAGAACAUACUGUUUACAGAAGCAUAAACAUAUUCCUUAAAGGUAUUGAAGCGAAGAAACUUCCUCAGUUUCAUUUUUUGCUUCGAAAACCUUCUCUGAAAGGGGUUCAUUCAAAACAACUUGAGCAAAAAAAAAGAAAAAUUGAAUAUUUGCUAGUUAUUGUUAAUUUUUUCAAUGCUCUCCUUUGAACACUGUUUUUUUUUCAGUUGGCCUUCGAGGUGAAAAACUUGGGCCGAAAUCAUCAUGUUGGAAUUGACGAGAUGUUUGUGAUUGAUGAGCGGAGGAAAUCGUUUUGUUUGGAAAAUCGAUAACUUUUUUAUUUAUUAUUUUGUUUUCAUGUACAAAAUUUUCUCUUUCAACUGCGAUAAUCAAUAUUCGAAAAAAAUCUCAAUAUUUGUUGAGCUUUACGUUUUUUAAUUAUGUCUUUCAAAUGGCAAUAAAAAUUACGGUUAGAGCUUGGUUGUUCACAAAAAAAUAAAGUUCUAAGGAUUCUCCGAUACAGGCUUAAAAUAAAAUUUUUCUUAUUUAAGAUCGUCUCAGUUGUUCAAAUAUAAUAGAUACAUCUAUUAUAAAACAUCUGCUGGGGAUUUUUUGUUUUGUUUUCAAAAGCGAAAAAUUUGUUUCACUGAAACAUUGGCGCGCAUUUUCCUUCAGACGAAUUACAAAAGGGCUUCACGUAGAAAUUUUUUUUGAUACAUUCUUUUUCAUUUUCUGAGAUCAAAAAAAUUGCUGGGAGGCUCGUCUUGGAAAAAAACACGAUUAACCAGUCUUUUAAAGUGAGUUUAUUAUUUUUUGACUGUUUCUAUCAUUUUUUUCUAUAUCUUUAUUGGUUCCAAAAAUACUUUUAUCAUUCUCUAGAAUCAUAAAGGUCGCCGAAAAGCUUAUCCUCAACUUUUUUUCAGUCAAUAAAAUUAUGAAACAGACAGAAAUUUUUGCUUCAUAACUGGAUUCUUUUUUUUUCGCUUGGUCUGUUUUUUACAUUUUGUUUUUUUUUGUUCGAAAAAUGUACGAAAAAACUCAAGAAUGCUCGCUCUACGUCGACUUUCUUCUUCUCCACCAAAAGUGCUACAAGUUGUCUCGUUCGAUGUCCGUGGCACCAUCAUUCAAUUGGCGGAGAACCCCGGCGUGGUCUACUCAAGAGAAGCGGAACGUUUGACAAACAUCAAAGUGGAACCGGAGGACGUUUCGAACGCCUUUUUGAAAAACUACAAGAAACUGUCAAAAGACUACCCGUUUUUUGGUCAUGGAACGAUUGGGCAUCGUGAAUGGUGGUGCAAAAUAAUCAAAAUGUCGUUGCAAGACGUGAGUUUCGCCCUAACCUUGUUGGAAAAAAACUUAUAAAAUUCUAAUUCAGAGUUCGAGGGACAAAAUCGUUGAGAAUAAUUUCGACGAGGUGACGAGCAAACUCUUUGAGCUCUACUCAACGAGACAACCUUGGCGACUGAUAGAUGAAAAUGUGAGAAAUUUAAGCUUCUAUAUUUCAUAAAAGUCCAAAUUCAGAUCAAACAGACUCUUCAAAGACUUCGCCUCAAGGGUGUACGCCUUAUUGUUGUCUCUAAUGCCGACUCUCGUCUCAAGAACAUUUUGAAAGAAUUCGAACUGGCUGAUAUGUUCGAUAUGAUCAUUCUAUCUGGAGAAGUUGGAAUCGAAAAGCCUAAUCCUAAAAUUUUUGAAAUCGCUCGGAAAUAUUUUAAUAUUGAACCUUCUGAACUCUUACAUGUUGGUGAUGAUUAUGAAAACGAUUUUUUAGCACCUCGAAAAUUUGGAGCGAAGUCGUUAUUAUUCGACCCAAAAAGCGUCUCAAAAAUUGAUAAAAUAGACAAAAUUUCGAAAUUCAGCGAUCUCUCUAUUUAUUAGUGGUUAUUUUUUUGUUGCUGUAAAAAUUUUUCGUGUCAUAUCUGAAUUUGAAAUAGGAAUAAAAAUUAAUCACAUUUGAAAGAAGAAUCUUACACUUCUUGGAUUAAAAAAACUAAUUUUGGCGUUUGAAUAAGUGUAAAAUAUCCGUAUCACGACUAAAAGAAUUUUUUUCAAGUUAUGCUUACGAUCUUUUUAGAACAAGUAG